AGCUGCACAAUCAUAUCUCUUUAAAUGAGAAAGCGCUGCCGCUGCGUGCGUGCGUGCGUGCGUGCGUGCGUCUGUGUGAGCGGAGACUCUGGGGGAGACAGAGACCUGUGCGGGAGACGGAGGAGGAGGAGGAGCAGCCUGUGGAAAACACGGCUUUUAUUUCACCUGUGAACCACAUCCACACACGGUUGGAGGUCGCGCCUCUUUCUCUGGGCUUCGUUUACCCCUGACACUGGAUCACCGGACGUGAUCGUGGACGCGGCCGCUGCUACUGUAUGUGUGCGCGCAUCGCUCGCCUCCUCCUGCCUGCUGCGAGGACAUAACGGGCAGGGCAGCUUCCUCCUCUUGUGAUAACCGUGACGGUGAGGCAGGAGCGGCCGAGGACCAUGGAUUAAUGUCCGAGUGAAUUCACAUCUCAGAGGUUCCAAAUGUUGAACAUGUCCACCCCCAGCGAGCUGAAGUCUGCCUGUGUGACUCGCAACGGUAUGGUCAAGUUGCCCCCCAGCCAGCCCAACGGCCUGGGUAGCGCCAGUAUCACCAAAGGGACCCCAGCUGCCAAGAACCGCCUGUGCCAGUCCUCGUCCGUGCCCUCCAUCCUGCCCCCCCCCACAUCCUCCCUCUCCUACCACCACCACCACCUGGACGGCACCGGCCUCCCCCACUCGGCCGCCUCCCUGCUGACUUCAGACCUGGAGCCCGGGAAGCCCCUGGUGGGCCUGAAGCCGUCCCAUCGCCAGCUGCCCCCCCUCACCCUGCCCAAGCCCAUCCUGCUGGAGCGCCAGCUGGUCCUGGAUGAGAAACUGCUCAACCGCCUGCUCUGGUACUUCACCACCAGUGAAAAAUGUGUCCUGGCGCAGGUGUGCAAGACGUGGCGCAAGGUGCUCUACCAGCCCAAGUUCUGGGAGGGCGUGACGCCCAUUUUGCACGCCAAGGAGUUGUACACCCCGCUGCCCAACGGGGAGAAGGAGUUUGUCAGCCUGCAGGCCUUCGCCCUGCGCGGCUUCCAGUCUUUUUGCCUAGUGGGCGUGUCGGACCUGGACAUUUGUGAGUUCAUCGACAACUACCCGCUGUCCAAAAAGGGCGUCCGCUCGGUCAGCCUGAAGAGGUCCACCAUCACAGACGCUGGUCUGGAGGUGAUGCUGGAGCAGAUGCAGGGUCUGAUGCACCUGGAGCUGUCGGGCUGCAACGACUUCACGGAGGCCGGCCUGUGGUCCAGCCUGAACGCCCGGCUAACGUCCCUCAGCGUCAGUGACUGCAUCAACGUGGCCGACGACGCCAUCGCCGCCAUCUCGCAGCUGCUACCGAACCUGUCGGAGCUGAGCCUGCAGGCCUACCACCCGUGUCGUACGUUUUUUUUUUUUUUUCCCCCUAUUACCAAUAAUCCUGACCCGCAGGGCUACACCACCCACACCCUGAGGCUGCACUCCUGCUGGGAGAUCACCAACCACGGCGUGGUCAACAUGGUGCACAGCCUUCCCAACCUGACCGCCCUCAGCCUCUCCGGCUGCUCCAAGAUCACGGACGACGGCGUGGAGCUGGUGGCCGAGAACCUGAGGAAGCUGCGCAGCCUGGACCUGUCCUGGUGUCCCCGCAUCACCGACAUGGCCCUGGAGUACAUCGCCUGUGACCUGCACAAGCUGGAGGAGCUGGUGCUGGACAGGUGUGUGAGGAUCACAGACACCGGACUGGGAUAUCUGUCCACCAUGUCCUCCCUGAGGAGCCUGUACCUGCGCUGGUGCUGCCAGGUACAGGACUUUGGACUGCAGCAUUUGUUUGGGAUGAGGAGUCUCCGUCUUCUCUCUCUCGCAGGCUGCCCCCUGCUGACCACCAACGGCCUGUCAGGCCUCAUCCAGCUGCAGGACCUGGAGGAGCUGGAACUGACCAACUGCCCCGGGGCAACUGCCGAGCUCUUCAAGUACUACUCCCAGCACCUGCCCCACUGCAUGGUCAUCGAGUAAGACCGCUGACCCAGUCCAGUGACCGACUGACCCACUGAAUGACCGCCAUGUUUCCACCUUUCUCCGUACACUCCACUGUACCUACAGCACCACACCGUUCAUCAUGACCCCCCC